AAUACAGGUCAGUGAGUGACAAUUUAAUGAUAAACUGUAAUCGUCUGCCUUUGUAACUGCAAAGAUGAGUGUCAACUUUGUAGAUUACUUCGCCAACGAGCACAAUGGAUACGAUAUUUUGUAUCAAAACAUGAAAUACGGAUUAAUCGCUAGCAAAGAACUCUCUGAUUAUCUCAGAGAGAGAUCCAACAUAGAAGAGACUAAUUCUAAAUUGUUGACCAAAUUAGCGAAACAAGCAAAUAGUAACUGUGCACAGGGUACUUUCGCGCCGUUUUGGAGCGUUCUAAAAUGUUCCGCUGAAAAGCUAUCCAACUUGCACCAGCAUAUGUUUCAGAAGGUCAGUGAGCUAGUAAAAGAUGUAGCCCGCUAUGCUGAUGAGCUUCACAAGAAACAUAAGGCUGUCAAAGAUUCUGAAUCGAAUACUUUAGAAGUAGUAUUACUCAUUCAAAGUACUAAACAAGCUCUACAAAAAGCUAAAGAUUCAUAUACGGCUAAGGCGGCUGAAAUGGAGAAACUGAGGAAGGAUAAUGCAUCUCCUAAAGAUAUGGAAAAGGCUGAUAUUAAGCUUAAGAAACUGCAUGAAGACUAUAGACAGUUAGCAGAAAAAUAUAACUUGGUAAAACAGGACUUUGAGAAAAAGAUGACUCAAACUUGCAAACAUUUUCAAGAUGUUGAGGAAGCACACUUAAAACAGAUGAAGCAGUUUGUCAAUUCCUAUGUGGACCUCAUCCAGAGCAAUCAUGACCUCAUGGGGCAAGUUCACAGGGAUUUUAAACAUCAAUGCCUUGAAUUAACCGUUGAGAAGUUGUUAGAACAAAUCCUUAUUGAGAAAUACAAUACUAUGGAUAAGGCGAAUUUAGUAGAGCUACCUCCUUCAUUACCAAAACCUAGUUCAGCUAAUAACUCAAUAUCGGAAGCUGAUCAGAUAUCAACAGUCUCAAACGGGUCCCAUAAGCCUGCUCAGCCAGCUAAAGCACCAAAAAAAGAACCUUCCUUUGCCACCAAAACUUCAAGGAGAACCACUUCUCUUCUUAAUUUGUUUACACCCAAUUUCCAAAGUAAAGACGAACCUAGUGGAAGCAUUGAAGGAGCCGCACCAUGCUCAGCUCCCUCCAGCCCCAGCGGCACCCCGGCCACACCUGUGGCACAGGAUAAAGAUGAGAACAUGGGCCGCACCACUCUAAGAGAAUCUAAAUGGUUUAUGCGCAGUAGGAGAACUAAGACUAAACUGAAGAAGUCUAAAAAGAAAAAAGAUGAAAUAUCUGAAAAUUCUACUGCAGGAGAUAAGUCUGACUUAGAGGAGAAAGAGGAAGAGGUCCCUGUUAAAGAGGACCUGAAUUCUCCCGAGGUUGAUGAGGAAGGAUACUGUAUCAGGCCAAAAGACGAAAAAGGUAGUGUCUAUUCUUCUACUGAUUCUGACUCUGAUGAGGAAAGAGACCGUAAGAUUCAUGUAGAAAUUAAACCUAUAAGUAAUGGUGGUGCUCCUAUGUCGGCCAGUGUGGAUGAACUCAGGGCUACUGUAGAGAAUAUUUCUUUAUACAAACUUGGCACAACACGGCGUGGUUCAAAUGCUAACGCAAGCAAAGCCAGUAGUGAUUUGUUGGAUCUUAACUUCUUUCAAAGCCCUACAGCUAGCAACCCUACUUCACCACAUGGAAAUAUUUCCAACCCUUAUGCUCCUUUACAAGCGAAUCAGUCUAAUUUACUAGAGAGUCCCACUCCAGUGUCCACAGCAGAUGUCGGCGACCUAUUUUCGGAAGUAGGGGAGAUGGUCCAGUCUAAUUUCCGCACGUCCACUCCCACCACAACGUCCAUUUCGUUGCCGCGCCCGCCUUCAAGGCGCUCGGAGGGUGACUUCCGAACUGCCGGCUCGUCAGGGUCUAGAGGUCCUUCCCCACUGACAAUAGGAAUGGCUGACACAAUACCACUGGCUGUAGCUUUUCAUGAAAUUAUUCACGCCUAUUUUAGAGGUACAGACGAAGCCAAGUGCCAAGUUAAGAUGUCUGGGGACAUGAUGUUGUCGUUCCCCACGGGCAUCGUCGGCGUGUUGGCCAACAAUCCGAACCCGGCGAAGCUAUGUUUCAGAUUGAAAAACAUACACAGGUUAGACAAUGUUCUGCCUAAUAAACAGCUUAUUAGUAUUAACGCGAUGAUGUCUACACGAGACUCCACCGUCCUUGAGUUCAACAUGCAAGCGCUGACGUCACUGCUCAAGCGGCAGUCGGAGAAGAAUCCUACGGCUCAGUAUUUCAAUGUAGACAUACUGAAAUAUCAGAUACGUCCAAAGCCGGGCGCCGCGUCAUGCCCCUACCAGUUGGUGGCUUACUGGAAAUGCGAAAGAGACCACACCGACUUGAAAGUGGAUUACAAAUACAAUUUACACGCGAUGAGCCCGCCGUCGCCGCUUCUCAACGUGUCUGUUUGCGUGCCAAUGAGCGGUGCGGUCAAGAACGUGAUAGCGAUGCCGAAGAACACGUGGAACGGUGAAAAUGAACAGGCGCUGUGGCGUUUCACGGAGUUGUCGCAGCACUCCGAAGAUAGAGGCGUGGGAUCCCUAAGGGCGCGUUUUGAGCUAGGCAAGGGACCGUCGUCUAAGGCUACAAUAUCUGCGCAAUUCAAUUGCGAGGGCGCCACUCUCUCUGGCAUAGAAUUUGAACUGAUAGGCAGUGGCUACAGAUUAUCCCUCGUGAAACGGCGAUUCGUCUCUGGAAAAUAUAUUUGUGAUAGUGAGAUGCACUGAUUGGUCCAAAUCCUUAUGAAAUCACAUUGUAGAUACUUGUAAGAGGUUUUGGUAAAAAAAUGGUACACAUUUUUUUAAUGUAUAUGUUUGGUACCUCGGACUGUUUCCUGUCCACAAAAGUUAACUUUGUAUCACAAUAUAAGUUCGCCAAUAUUCAUAGUUUUAGUAUGUUUUAAAGGAUUUAAUAUUUUAGGAGGUAUAUUCACAGCAUUAUUAACUUAUUUGUGCCAUUUAUGCUAAUAUAUAUUAUAUCACAUUUUUUUAAAAGAUAUAAUGCACAGGGAUUUUAUUUAGUAUCACAUCACAAUAAAUUAGGAUUUCGUAUCAGUUUUGAAUUAUUUAUACUAAAAUGUCAGCGUAUUUUUUUUUAUUGUUUAUUAAUAUUCUACUAUUUGUAUUGUAUUUGUAUUGUAGAUUGUCUUAAAAAUAUUUUUUAUUUAAUUAUCAAUGUUAAAAAAAAAAUAAGAACCUACAUACUUUUUCGUUUUUUUUCUUGGCAAUUACAUAGCAUCUUUUUAUAUUUUUGUUGAAAUAUUAUCCCUUUUAUAAUUACUCUAGAAAUUUAACAAAUAAUAGUAUUAUAAAUGGGCCUAAAAACGCAAUAAAUUAUUCUACUUACAGCCGCAAUAACACUUUGUAAAAGAUGGCUUUAUAUAUAUUAUACUUAUAUUACUACUAUACUUACUUUAUUAUAUUAUACUUACUUUAUUUCAAAACACAUUCACUCACAAAUUAAUAGAAAUUUUUUAUUUCAAAUAUCUAACUAUAUUGACCGACUUCAAAAAGAAGGUAUUCGAUUUGUUGCAAAUUAUAUAUUUUUUUAUUUAGGUUCAUUGGAAUCUCUACUAGUAUUUUAAUUUAGGUAUUGUAUUGAUUUUGUGGUGUAAAACAUAUGAUUAAUUUUUGCUAGGGUAGUUGUAUUGUAUUCAGUUAGCAUUUAGUGGUCAACCACCGUUAAGUUAAAUUAACGUUACAAAUAUUGUUGUUUACAUAUUAUUAUUAUGUUUUUGCACUAUAUGUUACGUAUGAGAGAUUAUCACUAUUUUAGUUUUUAUUUACUAGUAAUCUCAUAUAUCUUUUUCAACAUAAAUAUAGUCUAAUGUAAUAAGAUGCAGGAUUCUUUCCAAAGCCUACCGGCCUAAAUAAUGAGUAUCUUUUGCUGUAAAAAUAUUUAUAAAGACUACCUUUACCAAAAGUGAAGUGUUCAUUGUAUAAAAUGUCUAAUUUUAACACUAAAUAUAGGACAAGCAAAUACCUAAUAAAUACAUUAAACCAUUCCAAUUUUUAAUAUAUUAAUAUCUAACUGAAUCUUAUAAUUAAGUAUGAUUUUCAAAUAACUUGCUGAUAGCCAGUGAUUCCCACUUUUUUUUUGCAAUUAUAUCCAAAUUCACACUUAUUGUAGGUAAAAUUUGCGAAACUAUAACUGUAUGCGUGAAAAGUAUUUUUGUAUUGUAAAAUUUAACGCAUGUAUGAUUCUGAUAUACUGUAUUCUUUAUUAUUUCAAUAAAAUGUAAUUUAGUAUUAUUA